CGCCCCUCUCUGGCGGCUGCCGGUGUACCAAGCAAGCGUUGAGCAGCCGAGGAGGAACCGCGGGAGUGGAGGCCGGAGCCAGACAGUACUGCGGCAGCAACGGUGUGCAACACAAGCAGCUGCAGCGGUGCAGAGAUGAGCGUGACCUCCUGGUUCCUGGUGAGCAGUGGGGGCACUCGCCACCGACUACCCCGGGAGAUGAUCUUUGUUGGGCGGGAUGAUUGCGAGCUCAUGUUACAGUCACGCAGCGUGGAUAAGCAGCACGCAGUCAUCAAUUACGAGCCGGGCUCAGAUGAACACAAAGUCAAGGACCUGGGCAGCCUGAAUGGGACCUUUGUAAACGACGUCCGCAUUCAAGAGCAGAUGUACAUCACCCUCAAGCUGGAGGACAAGCUGAGGUUUGGAUAUGAUACCAACUGGUUUACGGUGGAGAGAGGUGAGCUCACUGUGCCGGAGGAGGCUCUCAAGCAUGAAAAGUUCACCAGCGGCCUCCAGCUGAGCAAGAAGCCGUCCAACGGUGAAACUACGAGCGCGACGACCACGGCCAAGUCUCCAAUUAAGACCCCAUCAAAGACGCAGAAGUCUUCGCUCAGUUGUGGCGCCCCCAGGUCCGGCCAGACGACAACAGAUGGGGUCUCUCUAUCUAAGGAGCACACACACAAAUCUGGAGACACUCACAAAGCAGAAGAAAAGAUUGGAGGGGAUGUUGCGUCUCUGCCCCGUGGGACCCCCCUGUACGGGCAGCCGGCUUGGUGGGGGUACGGGGAUGCAGACGACGAGAACUCCUUCAAACAGGACACCAAGACGUCUGGCAAGAAGCAUGACUUCACUGAGGGCAAGGAGGCUCGUCGUGGAGGGACAACAAAAGAGGACGGCCACAAUCCAAGCUACAUGGAGAUGCCUACCAAGGAGAAUCAUGUGGCCACUAAUGGCAUCUAUGAGAUUCCCACCAAGGACACAGAGGGCGCCGCCUCUCACGGCAGCACAGCUCAAGGGCACGCCUCCUUCACAAUAGAGUUUGACAACACUUCCCCGGGGAAGGUCACCAUUAAGGACCAUGUGUCAAAGUUCAUGCCCGGCCAGCACAGGUCGCGGGGUAAGAGGAGCGUAGCGGGAAGCGGCGGGUCGGGCGGGCGGGACCUGAGCACACUCCAGGCAGCCAUGAUGGCAUCGGAGAGCAAGGUGGCCGACUGGCUGGCGCAGAAUGACCCAACGCUGAUCCGCGGCGAGUCGACAACGGAGGACGACAGCAAAAGCAAUAAGAGUGAUGUGCCGGUGCAUCUCAAAAGGCUGAAAGGGAGCAAACACGAAGAUGGUACCCAAAGUGACUCUGAGAACGGUCUGGGCCUGUGCUUCGCCAGUCGCCGCCACGCCCUCGAGGAGCGCCUAAAAGCGGCGCACGGCCACGUUGGAGGCGGUGGAGGAGGAGCCGGGGAGAACGUGACGGUGACGGGGUCCCGAGCCGGCAGCACCCGCACGGCCUUCAUGAUAGAGUUCUACGACGAGGAAAACCCACGCAAGCGUCGGUCGUAUUCGUUUUCGCAGACAGCGCCUCUGCUAGCCGGAGCUGGCGGAGAGGGGCUGUGUCCACAACCCCCCUCUCAGCCUAAAGUGUUCAGCAUUUCCACCUCGGCUACAACGGCCUCAGACUCAGGUAAAGCCCCAUUACCGAUAUCUGCCACAGUGGCAGCAGGUGCCCCGACGGCGGCCCGCGUUCUCCUCAAACAGCGAUCCGAGGACCCCAGCAUUGGCCGGAGCUCAAUCAGCACCGGGCUGGCAACGGGGACCCCCAGCACACCCAGCGAGGACGCCUCCAUUGUGGGUCGAGGAGCAGGGGCAGCUGGAAGGGAGGCGGCGGAAGAGGAGCACAGUGACAACGGAACCUACACUAUUGAGCUGGAGAACAGGAACGUGGAGGAGGAGGAAGCCCGGCGUAUGAUUGACAAGGUAUUUGGGCUGCAGCAGAACCAGGACUCCUGCAUAUCAGACCUGCAAGGGGAGGGGAAAGGAAAGGAAGCUGCAGAGACAGGAAAGGAGGCUCCUCCCUCCGACUCAAGCUGGGUCUCCCAGUGGGCAAGUUUGGCUGCCAAUCACACCAGGACCGACCCAGAAGGUUCUGGGGCCGAGACAGCUUCCUUUGUGGACAGAGAAAGAGAAGGAGAUGCCUUGGUGUGCAGCAAAGGCGAAUCGUCAUCAAAUCUGACUGACCGCAAGCGUCGGACCCUUCCCCCUCUUCCUGUGGAUGACCCCCGCACCAAAUCCAGCACCGCCAAACCUCCACUGCUGAGGUCAGAGAUUGGAGAAAAGCAGGACACAGAACCACAAGAGAAAGAGCACAAGGGAGACGGGGAAUCCCCACCCCCUCCCAUGGAGAACGGUGACAUGACCAACAAACACAAAACGAGCGCCACCACCUCUCCCCGCAAGGCUCUUCAGCAGAACUCUGGCAGCAGUGAGCGCAGGAAGAGGUCGGAGAAAAGGAAGGAGGAAGAAGGGGAAGGAGAGGGAGGAGAUAAGUCCGUGAAGUCACUUGUGCGCCAAGGCAGCUUCACCAUUGAGAAGCCCAGCAGCAGUGUCCCCUCGGAGCUCAUCCCGCGCAUCAACAGGGGCGGCACUGCUACUCGCGAGCGCAGCGACUCCGUGGGCAGCAUGGACACAGCCACACUCCUGAAGGACACUGAAGCUGUCAUGGCGUUCCUGGAAGCCAAACUAAGAGAUGAAAACAAGCUGGAGCAGAAAGCUUCUAAAACUAGCAGCAUCAGCAGUCAGAUUUCAGGAUACAGCUUCCCGCCUCGGACCGACUCCAUCUCCCCGGAGUCAGACGUGGACACGGCCAGCACGGCCAGUCACGUGGCCAUAGAGGCUGAUGCGAAGGCCGGCAGCAUGCAGAAACGACGUUCCUUGAGUAGCAUGCACCGGGAGAAGAGCAACAUGAACGCAGCCUCCAAAUCCAGCGUCUCUGCCAGCGCACGGGAUCGCUUAGAGAGGAAGACGAAAAGCAGAACCACAGAAGCAACAAGUCGGACUGAAAUGCGCCAUACUGUUCAGCCGUCAUCUUCCAGAGUACGCCAGCCUUCCCUGGAUCUCACAGAUGACGACCAGACAUCUUCUUUCCCCAUUUCUGACAUCCUCUCAUCAGACCAGGAGACAUACUCUGGUUCAGCACAUGGAUAUGAUAGCAGAGCUGCAAAGACCGCUACAAGCGGGUCUUCCAAAUCCAGUCGUACUCUUCAUGCUUCAACAAUGGCCUCACAGAGCAAGCAGGCUGCACUGCCUAAGCCACGGCCCACCAGAGCCUCUCUCCUCCGCAGAGCCCGCCUAGGGGAUACCUCUGAUACAGAUCUGGCCGAUGCGGACCGAGUGUCUGUAGCCUCCGAGGUAUCAACCACCAGCUCCACCUCCAAACCUCCGUCUGGCCGAGGGGGGAUGUCUCGACUGGACAUGCUGGCUCAGCCUCGUCGGAACCGACUGGGCUCCAUCUCGGCUCGCAGCGACUCUGAGUGUACAGUGUCACGGAGCUCCACCGCCUCGCCACGCCUCUCGUCCGAGACAGCUUUGCGUUUGGGCUUACGCUCGUCCACGCCUACAGAGAACAAACUGACACCAAGGAUGAGGGCCAACAGUGUGUCUAAACUCAACGAAGCCAGAACCAAGACCUCUACGACUGGAUACUGCUCUCCUACAGAGAGCUCUCAUCCAGAGCCUGGCGGCGCUGACACAGAUGAAGAACUUCUUGUGUCCAGCAGCAACAGGUGGAGACGCCUGCCACCAGAGUACGCCUCCACUUCAGAGGAAGAGUUCAGCUCUAGCCGCAACUCUCCAAAACAUGGAGGGCGCCCCCACACGCGGCCGCAUCACCUUGUCCCAAGCCGCGGUUCAAAACCCACCACCAGCACGACCACCACUGCAAGCCAGGCGUCUGGUGCGGUGCCAGGGGUGGGCGGCGUCGUGCUUAAACACCGCAUGAAAGAACAAGACGAGUACAUUCGAGACUGGACGGCACACAGUGAGGAGAUAGCCAGGUUGUUCCCAUGUGUGCGCAGGAUCAGCCAGGACCUGGCCAAGGACCUGGCCACCUUGGCCCGCGAGAUCCACGAUGUGGCGGGCAAGAUCGACUCGGUCAGCUCGUCGGACACGGCGCCCAGCACCACCGUCAGCACCGCCGCCACCACACCGGGCUCAGCCAUCGACACGCGUGAAGAGGUAGGCCCAGCCCGUUCCACGCAGCCGGACUUACAGGAGAGCAUGAGACAGUUGGUGGAUCGGGUGUUUGAUGAGAGCCUCAAAUUCAGAAAAGUCCCUCCUGUCAUCUCCACCGCCAAGAUGCCAGAGAUCAACGGCAAGCCGGCUGAACUCCGACCCCGCGCCCCGGACAGCCACGAGCCCCGAGCUCUGAGGAGACGGACCUGGAACCGAGAGGAUGCGGUGUUGGACAGCCUUCUGCUGCAUUCAGUCUCUCAGCUGUCCACCAAGAUCAGACACUCUGCCGACAAAACAGCAGGAAAAAUCAGGAUAUUGUUCAAGGAUCAGGAAAGGAACUGGGAGGACAUUGAAAGCAAACUGAAGUCAGAGAGUGACGUGCCACUUUUGAAAACUUCCAACAAGGAGAUCUCGUCUGUGCUACUUGAGCUUAGAAGAGUUGAGAAGCAGCUUGAAGUGAUUAAUCUGAUGCUGGACCCAGAUGGCACGCUGGACACCUUGGCCAGCCCCAGCAGCCCAACCAAGCCUCUGAUUAGCAAACCAAUGCCCCCCUCUACCAGCAACCCUGCCCCCCAGCAGCUCCCAACCAAAGAACUGCUGCCAGAGAUCCUUCCUGCAUCUGGAGGGUCAGCAGAGUCCGCCAGGGUUCCUCCGUCUUGCUCCGCUUCUAACACGGACGCCACAACGCGGGACGUCACCACGAGUCUUGGGUUAACAGCAGUCGGGGGGCUGCCUUUUAACCGAAUGAGGCCCAGCGGGAAGGAGGCCCUUGCACAGAAGUGAGAUUACAGUGACUGAAGUGGAACCGUGAAUGAACCACUAUUAGCGUUUCAGCUGCAUUUAGACUGAACACUCAGCAUACCACCUCCUCAUCCUCCUCCUCCUGUGUGGACCCUUCCUCCAUGCCUUAAAAACACAUCCCAGGAACCCUCAAACAAAACUCUCUGCUACUAAUCAGACAAAUAGAAUGCAUUGUAUACCUGACUUUAUGACAAUACAUAGUAUUUCUUUUUGCACUACAGUAUAAAAACAAUUUCAGCAGCCUUAUGUGACCAACUUACUCCAAAAUAUGCUUUGUAAGUGAAAGGAAUCCAUUAUUACACAAAUCAAGCAAGCGGAAAUGCAGUUCUGACAAAUGUGAAUACACACCUCACAUUGCAGCAAGCAUUUGUAUUAUAUCUCGUCAAGGGACAAUACUAUAGAAAGUAAAGUCUGUUACACUUUAGAGCCGUCAGUGUGCAGCUGGUGUGGCGGUAUAGAUUUACUGUCCAUUGAAAAGGAGUCAACUCACAGCCAUUAUUGUCUAAAUAGCUGGCAACACAAGUGAGUGCACCUUACAGUGAACAUGUCUACAUUGUGUCCUUGGUGUGAAUAUUUAUCGUGAGCAGUAUUGUUACCUAGCACCACCUUAAUCGACAUCACUGGUGGAGCCGGUGGAUAUUAAGACACCUUGCACUUUUCCACCUUCCUUCCUCUCGCUUGACGAUGCCCCACAGGUGUUCAAUAGGGUUCAGGUCUGGGGGAGACGUAUUGGCCACAACAUUACCUUCACCUCAGCAAGGUACUUGUCUUCUUGAAGGUGUGCUUGGGCCCCUUAGUUUACCAAGGGAGGGAGAUUGUGCUCUGCUUCAAACAGUACAUGUUGCAAUUCAGGUUUCCCCUCAUCCCCUCAAUGAGCCAUGGCUCCCCAGGGCCGGGAACACUUAUGCUUGCUACCACUGCCAUGCUUGACUCUGUAGGCGAGACAGUUAUCGUGCUACUCACUUGUGUCGCCAGCUGUUGAGACACUAAUGACUGUGUGUUGACUUACUUUCCAUCACUACUGCUAUACAAGCUGUACACAGACUACUCCCCAUGUCCCAUGACAAGAUAUUCUGGAAUCCAAAUGUUGCAGAAAUGUGAGGGGAGCAGUCACUUGAAGUACUUGUGAGAUACUGUAGUUUUAAACAGUCGGGACAUUGCAUAUUUUUUUUUUUUUUUUAAGUGUUUUACUCGUCCCGUCCUCCGAACCUACGAGUUGGACCUCCAGUAGCAUGUAGUAGUUUAAUGUGUGUGAGGAGUUUUACGCUUAAGUAAGAAAGUACCAAAGUGAGGGUUUAUUUUGUUAAUGCACAGUUCACCCAAUUCUUUCAGUUUGGCAACAUGAAAUUCUUACUUUUAUUAUUGCUGCCUUAUCCUCAUUUGGCCUGUUGGAACUGGUGCCAUUGGCUUCUGUAGCACUCAAGUGUCCUAUCAUUUUUUUGCAAUUGGUCGUUUUCUACUUUAAUCUUGUAUUGAAAAAAAAAGUAGCUAUUUUGUAAUAUUUGGAUACUGAUGUUGUUUUGUAGGCAUUUUGCCAGUUUAAUGUGGCAUAAAAAAUGUUUGUGAACUUCCUGUUUUCAAACUAGCUCCUCCCUCCUAUUUAUGAAUGUUGCUCAUAUUGCGGCUUCAUGUGGAAAAAAAAAUUGUACAUUGUUCAUCGUCCUGCAGCUGUUUUGUCAACAUGUAUCUACUUUUAAGGACAUAAACCACUUCCUGUACCCAUGCUCAUCUUGUUUAGUGCUAGUACUGAAGAGGAUUUAGGAUCCAGUUAUGAGAUGAUCUGCUAUACUGUACCUGAUUGGCAGAUAAUGAAGACAAAAAAAGUUUAUUUUGCACUUUUCUUUUUUUUUGCUUAGAGAAACGGCGCUAGCCGGCAUCAUGGCCCAAGCGUUAACUUUUUUUUUUUUUAAUCAAGAAAGCCAGCUGAAGUGAAUAUUCGGUACCAGUAUUUUUAUUUUUGUUUGAAAAGAGAAAAAAAACCCACAAUUUUAAUUUAUUUUUUGUUUAAUAUUUUGUGGAUGUUUUAUGUAUUUUAUAUUUGUUCAACUCUGCAGUUUUUAAUGUCAAUAAAACAGAGCCAUCCA